AUGAACAGAUGGAAGUUUGACGACUUUGAAAUUGGAGCAUCUCUUGGCCGCGGGAAGUUCGGGCGCGUCUAUCUCGCAAGAGAGAAGAAAUCAGGCUUUAUCGUGGCGCUGAAGAUCCUUGUGAAAACAGACAUCACAGGAUCAAACGCAACAAAACAAGUCCGCAGAGAAAUAGAAAUACAGAGCCAUCUGAAGCACGAGAACAUCCUCAGACUGUACGGGUACUUCUACGACGACCUGCACGUCUACAUCAUCCUCGAGUACGCAGCAAAAGGGGAGAUGUUCAAGCUCCUGCAGAAGAAGAAGAGGUUCUCAGAGCAGGAAGGCGCAAAGUACAUCUCGGAAAUGGUGCAGGCCCUGAAGUACAUCCACAGCAAAAACGUCAUACACAGAGACAUAAAGCCAGAGAACCUUCUGAUUGGCGCAGACAACAAGCUGAAAGUCGCAGACUUUGGGUGGGCGGUGCACAACAUAGACAGCAAAAGAUACACUUUCUGCGGCACAAUGGACUAUCUUCCCCCUGAGAUGGUGUGCCACCAGAAACACGACAAAUAUGUAGAUUUAUGGGGGGUGGGCGUGCUGGCGUACGAGUUUGUCGUGGGGAAUCCUCCGUUUGAAGCCAAAGGCAGCACAGACGAGACUUUCAAGCGAAUAAAGUCCGUGGAGUUUACGUUCCCAGCGUACUUAUCAAACGCAUGUAAAGACUUCAUAUCCAAGCUGCUUGUGAGGGAGCCAGAGAGCAGGCUGUCCAUAGACCAGAUACUAUCCCACCGAUGGAUAAAAGCACACACACGCCCGAAAAAAGAGUAA